UGCCGCCAUGGCUACCAUGGAGGACAGAGAGGAGCCUGGAGACAAGAUGUUCUCCCUUAAGAAGUGGAACGCAGUGGCCAUGUGGAGCUGGGACGUGGAGUACAAAAUGUGCGCCAUCUGCCAGGUCCAGGUGAUGGAUGCCUGUCUUAGAUGUCAAGCUGAAAACAAACAAGAUUAUGUUGUUGUCUGGGGAGAGUGCAUCCAUUCCUUCCAUAAUUGCUGCAUGACCCUGUUGGUGAAACAGAACAAUCACUGCCCAUUGUGCCAACAGGACUGGGUUGUCCAGAGAAUAGGCAAAUGAAAGUCCAGGGCUUCGUUGAGUGCUGCGGUCUGAGGACCUCAGUGUAAGGGAUAGAGCACUCCAAAGAUGGCAUCAUUUCAUUUGAUUUGGACACUUGCUGAAGUAAGGGUGCAAAAUUUGGUCUCCUUUCUUUUUAGAACUUCUCUACAAGUAAGAACAGUGUGUUAACAGAUGACAUUGCUUUGUCUUUCUUUGGCGUGAAUUGUAGAUACUGCUUAGAAAUGCCAUAUUAGAGAGAAUAGCUUCAAUGUGAAUGACUUUCCUGAUCUUAUUAAAGUCUUAGAUAAAAGGAAAUAAGAGAAUGAGUUCCAUUCAGACAAGAGGGCUUUUGCAUGUUUAUAAUUAAUCAUUAAAAGUUAUUGCCAUGAAUAAAAGAGUAUUUAAAUCUAAUCCAUGAACAGGGAUGGUUAGGUACUAAUGGUACCUCCCCUCUACUCCCAUUAUUUAUAAAUAAAUAAUUCAUGUAUCAUUCUUUUCAGUUAGCUAGGAUUUAGACUUUCUUUAAAAAAAAAAAAGAAAUUUUAUGGCUAACUAUCAGUAACCAGGGCAACCAAAAAUCAGAAUUCUCUUACUUUGCGAAACUGAAUUUUAAUUGUCUUAUUAAGCUGUUUAUUGGUUCUUUAGUGAAAACUAUACCCAGAAUUUUAUAAAGUCAUUGAGUUAUGAGCACAUAAGUAUUUCUAGAUCAGUCUUUUAUUUUUACCAUAUUAUAUUGCUUUAUUGGUGAUUUAUAUUGAAUAAAUAGCCAUAAGAAAAAAGUGUUUUAUUUACUUCUUAGACCGUAGAUGAGAAAAUUACAAUCUCAUAACACACUUAUUUGAUAAAUGAUUAAGGAUUCUAUUAAAUUGUUUAAUUACUUGAGCUGUGAGAUAAUAAAUAUUAAAGUAAUCUGAUUUCUGGC